ACUUCACACAUCGCCUGUGGGAGGCUGAGGGUACAAACAGUUAGCUGUUUGCAUCUAUGCCACAGGCACAGGCUUUCUGAAACCAGGAGGGACUACUAUUUCCUUCCCCUGUGGGUGGGGGAAAGAAGUCUUCCUAUGAACUAUGAACGAGAUUCAGAUCUGAACUUCUGGGAUGUUCCUGUUUGGGUUUGGUCCUAGCAGUGACGGUUUACAUUUUGCCCCGGAGCUGUGCGCUGCGGGAUUGUGCAAAGCCCGGGAACAGUGAGGGCAUUAGGACCAGGAGCGAGGCUUGGCUUGCCCGGGGCUGCGUCUGGCAGAGGGCUCUCAGCUGAGCACAGAGCUAUGUGUGAAAGGAAAUCAGGCGCUGCCUGCCGGCUUCACAUCUGUUGAUCUGACCUGACUUGAAGCGUCCAAAGGAGGACCACUGUCAGCGCUGCUGGACUGAGGACCCACCAGCUGCCUCUCCAGACAUCGCCUAGCAACCUGACCAUUCAUGCAAGGGGGGAGACGAAACACGUGGGACUAAACACCUGAGCAGAAUGGAAUAAUCGUUUUUUUUUUUCCUUAGGAGAAAAAGGGGGUAAAAGGGGCCAAACAAUUCAAUUUGAAGUCCCUGUGAAUGGGCUCUCAGAAGGCAAUACAGAAAUCCACUCAGAGAGGUCCCGUGGCUUUCUGAUUAUAAGUGGAAGUCAGUCUUACACAUGCUGUUGGCAAAUGUCAGAUGGGAAAAAAAGGAGCAGGUUAAGUGACCAGCAAAAAACUUCCAGGUGGAACUAGGAAGCCAGGUUCUCCUGCAAGCCCGAAGGAACCUGGAGCAGGAGGAGGACGCGAACUUGAAUAUGACCUGUUGCAUAUGGCAAGUUCCAGCAACAUGCUCCUAAGGAAGCGAUGCAGGCAUGGGCCGUGCAGACUGCAAUUCCUGCUGCUCUUACUGAUGCUGGGAUGCGUGCUGCUGAUGGUGGCCAUGCUGCACCCUCCCCUGCACGCCCCGCACCACGCGGUCACAGUCCUGGCCACCCAACACAGCCCAGGUGCUGGGUAUCGCCUGGACUUCGGGGAAUCCCAGGAAUGGGUGCUGGAGGCCGAGGAUGAGGGCCAAGAGUACAGCCCCCUGGAGGGCCUGCCCCCCUUUAUCUCACUGCGGGAGGAUCAGCUCCUGGUGGCCGUGGCCUCACCCAGGGCCAGAAGGAACAAGACCCAGGGCAGGAAAGGUGGCAGCUACCGGCUCAUCAGACAGCCGAGCAGAAGGCAGGAUGAGGAGGCCCCAGAGAGGGACUGGGGGGCCGAGGAGGAAGAUGGGGAGGUAUCUGAAGAUGAGCUGACCCCACUCAGCCUGGAGGAGGCGCUCAGUGCCCGCAUCCCCCUGCAGAGGGCGCUGCCCGAGGUACGGCAUCCACUGUGUCUACAACAGCAGCCCGAGGAGAGCCUGCCCACAGCCAGCAUCAUCCUCUGUUUCCACGACGAGGCCUGGUCCACCCUCCUGAGAACCGUGCACAGUAUCCUUGACACGGUGCCCAGGGCCUUCCUGAAGGAGAUCAUCCUGGUGGACGACCUCAGCCAGCAAGGACAACUCAAGUCUUCUCUCAGCGAAUACGUGGCCAGGCUGGAGGGGGUGAAGUUGCUCAGGAGCAACAAGAGGCUGGGGGCCAUCGGGGCUCGGAUGCUGGGGGCCACCAGGGCCACCGGGGACGUGCUGGUCUUCAUGGAUUCCCACUGUGAGUGCCACCCGGGCUGGCUGGAGCCCCUCCUCAGCAGAAUAGCUGGUGACAGGAGCCGGGUGGUGUCUCCAGUCAUAGACGUGAUUGACUGGAAGACUUUGCAGUAUUACCCUUCCAAGGACCUGCAGCGUGGGGUGUUGGACUGGAAGCUGGAUUUCCACUGGGAGCCUUUGCCAGAGCGAGACAGGAAGGCCCUCCGGUCCCCCAUCAGCCCAAUCAGGAGCCCUGUGGUGCCCAGUGGUGUUGUGGCCAUGGACAGACAUUACUUCCAAAACACUGGUGCAUAUGACCCUCUCAUGUCACUGCGGGGUGGUGAAAACCUCGAACUGUCUCUCAAGGCCUGGCUCUGUGGUGGCUCUGUUGAAAUCCUUCCCUGUUCUCGGGUGGGGCACAUCUAUCAAAAUCAGGAAGCCCAGUCCCCCCGUGAUCAGGAGGCCACUCUGCGGAACAAGGUUCGCAUCGCCGAGACCUGGCUGGGCUCAUUCAAAGAAACCUUCUACAGGCACAGCCCAGAGGCCUUCUCCUUGAGCCAGGCUGAGAAGCCAGACUGCACAGAACGCCUGCAGCUGCAAAGGAGACUGGGUUGUCGGACGUUCCACUGGUUUCUGGCCAACAUCUACCCUGAGCUUUACCCAUCUGAGUGCAGGCCCAGGUUCUCUGGAAAGCUCCACAACACCGGACUUGGCUUCUGUGUUGACUGCCAGGAAGAAGGGGACAUCCUGGGCUGCACCAUGAUGCUAGCUCCUUGCAGUGACAGCCGGCAGCAACAGCACCUGAAGCACACCGGCAGGAAGGAGAUACGCUUUGGCAGCCCACAGCACCUGUGUCUUGACAUCAGGCAAGAGCAGGUGACUCUUCAGAACUGCACCGAGGAAGGGCCUGCUAUCCAUCAACAGCACUGGGACUUCCAAGAGAAUGGAAUGAUUGUUCACAUUCUUUCUGGGAAAUGCAUGGAAGCUGUGGUGCAGGAAAACAGCAAAGAUUUGUACCUGCGCCAGUGUGAUGGAAAAGCCAGCCAGCUGUGGCGAUUUGACAACGUCUACACUGUGGAUGAACGAUGAAUGCCUGUGUCAAAGGGAAAAGAGAAGUUUAGCCAUUACAGUUCAUCCCCAAGGGAACUAAAAGAGCAUAUAUAUUUCAUGAAGCUGACCCUUUUGUGUUUGCGCUCCUGGUGAUAGUAGAGAAGAAAACUCCAUGAAUGAGUAUAGGAAGUCUUUCCUUCUCGCCCCUUAUUGCAUUGACUGUUGGCUGUUUUAGAAAAAAAAAAAAAAAAGGAUUCAUUGUCUCACUGUCUUUAUCACUGGAUGAUGGUCAUUAUGUAGUACAGAAGAUUGUUGUUUGUUUUAUUUUGUUUUCCAUCGUGCACUUGAGAAUUGCUUUGAUCUCUGACAAAGGAGAGGCAUGGACCGUCUUGGGCAACACCUCCAGGAUACAUACAUCUGGUUGAUAAUUUUUUUGCAAAUGGCCUUACCUUGAACUAUCUGUGUAGCCAACCAUGAAAGUUAAAGUGUGAGAAGGGUGUAAAGGCCUGACAUCCCCAAAACUUUGGAUUAAGUUCAUUAGGACAAAUUCCAUGUUCACUGGUUGAGCCAUAGCUCAGAAGAAGGAAGGGAAGCCACUGAGCAAAGAACGGGGUUGAAGAGAAGAUAGUAAAGCUUUGACCCAAUUCUCCAGCUCAGCCUGGCAGCUGCAAAGAGUCAGCACGCCUGGAAUAGGAUGUUUUCAUGUAAUUGAGAAUUUCCUCCUGACUUUCUACCUCCAUUCACCCUGCCCUAGCCCUUCUCUAGCUUGGUUAACCCCAACCAGAAUCUCAUGCAGUGUAUUUCGCAUUAGUCAUUGGCGUUGGGUCAUCUCAGACUAAGCAUUCCCAAUAACAAGGUGUAUACAGUGGAGAAGCUCUCCUGAUGCCCUGUUACAGGGUUUGCAUGGACUGGAUCAGAAAUAGCAACCUCUGCAAAGAGGCAAACCUCCACAGUAGGGGAAUGCCAGCAUCUGAGCCCAAAUUCACACGAGAGGAACCAGAGUUGGGAGUUAAUGUUUGUUAGGGCUGAUGUGGCCAUCUCUGAGGCUCAGUCCCCCAAAUGUGCCUGCAGGUUGAAUGUCCACAACUGUGGGAAGAGCGUGCCUCUGCUAGAGCAGAGCCAGUGCUAGCAAGAGCUGAAAGGCUCUCCUGGCUGUGACCUGGCCUACCUAGUUUGUCCAUAAAGAGCUGUGGAGUGGGGUUGGUUCUGCUGUUAAGAAGACACCAUUUAUGCCCAUUUCUCCUCCAGGUGGAGUUUACUCUUCACAUGGUUAGCUAGGAAACCUCCCUUUGAAGAUACUGAUCUCCUCUGGGCUGUCUCAGAACUCAGUGCGUUUCAAAUAAGAAAAAGUAGGUAGGAAGUGAGGGUUUCUAAACAAGGCCUAUCAUAAUUAACAUAUUUUUUUCUACCAGCUUAAGUCAAUGGCCUGCUGCACUUCUCCCUCCUUAGAAUACGCUCCAGACCUGUGCUGUCUACGGUAGCCAUUAGCUGCACGUGGCUGUUUAAAUGUAAGUUCAUUAGAAUUAAAAAAAAAAUUAAAACUCAGUUCCUCAGUUGUAUUGGUCACAUCUCUAGUGCUCAAUAGCUUCCCGUGCCUAGUGGCUACUGUAUUGGAGAGCACAGAUAUAGAACAUUCUAUCACUGCAAACAGUUUUAUUUGGAUAGUGCUGAUCUGGAUAGAUUCAUCAUCCCAUUGAGAGAAGAGAUUUUGGACACUGUCUUCUUCCUUCAGACAUGAUUAUAUUUAAAGCAAAUUCCCCUAACAUCCUGAGACUGAGAUGGAGCUAAACAUUCUCAGAUGUCAACCUUGUAAAUGGUAUUAAUAGUUGCAAAAUAAAAAUUAAACAAGACCUCUAUUUUUUUAAAUGAACUUAAUUAUUGGCAUUGUGUUUGAAGUUGCUGGAAUAAAUUAAUAUAAUUAAAUAAAAGGCAGAAUUCAA